CGUCAUCCCAGUUGUUUUUAUCGCGGACGCGGAAGUCGGCGUGAGUGGUGCUUUCUGAGGAAGCCGAGACGAAAAGCAGGAAAAAUCAAGCGUCUGAAAAAAAGUUCACCUCUUCGUGGGAUCCUCUAGAACCAGAGAGCCAUCAUGCCGAACAUGGAACAGCAUUUGUUUAACCUGAAGUUUGCAGCCAAAGAGUUGCAGCGAAGCUCAAAAAAAUGCGACAAGGAAGAGAAAGCGGAGAAGGCCAAAGUGAAGAAGGCGAUUCAGAAAGGUAACAUGGACGUGGCACGGAUCCACGCUGAGAACGCCAUCAGACAGAAGAACCAAUCUGUGAACUUCCUGAGAAUGAGCGCCAGGGUGGAUGCUGUGGCGGCGAGAGUGCAGACCGCCGUCACCAUGAACAAGGUCACUAAAUCCAUGGCAGGAGUGGUGAAGGGGAUGGACGCGACCCUGAAGAGCAUGAACCUGGAGAAGAUUUCAGCUCUGAUGGACAAAUUUGAGCACCAGUUUGAAACCCUGGAUGUUCAGACACAACAGAUGGAGGACACCAUGAGCAGCACAACAACACUUACAACUCCACAGAACCAGGUGGACAGUCUGAUGCAGGAGAUGGCAGAUGAAGCUGGGUUGGAUCUCAACAUGGAGCUUCCACAGGGACAGACAGGAACAUUGGCCAGCAGCGUGGCAUCUACAGAACAGGAUGAACUCUCUCAGAGGCUGGCUAAACUCAGAGAUCAGGUCUGAGUGGAUUGACACAAGUGUGUGUGUGUGUGUGUGUGUGUGUGUGCGCUACAUGUGUAUAAGGAUGGGCAAAGACAGAGAAGUGUGUGUGUGUGUGUGUGUGUGUCAGUCAUCAUCAUCAUCAUCAUGCUCCAUGUUUGUGGCUCUCUGAUGUCCGGAGGAUCUGCUGUUCGGAACGCGUCCUGUACGGAUUUCCACGCUCCCUCGUCCGCUCUCCCCGGCUGCAGGUCACUUGCGGCUCCAGGUGGAGGAGUGUGUAAUGUUGUGUAGUUUAGUGUUGUGUAGUGUAGCGUGUCUAAUACAGAGCUUCAUUAUGCAGAUUACAGCAUCCCUUUCAGCUUCAGCGUACUCUGCGUACUCUGAGCUCUCGCCACAAACUUGAAGGAUCCUGGAUGCUAACUCAUUAAUAGGCAUGUUAGCAUUGCUUUUUUUUUUUUUUUUUUUGGGACUGCUCGGAGAUCUUAGCGCUAAUUUGUUCGAUCCUGCUUCUGACAGCUCGCUCUUUCUUUCUGGACACAGAGGCCACCAAUAAACCACCUAAUCCAAACACUAUGAUGAAAAAAUGUGUAUAUAUUUACUCUCCUCUAGUAUUGCUCUGUGUGUAAAUUCAGGAACACUUUAACCAUCUUGAUUUAUAACACUGUAAUAAAUGCUAACAGUGACACUGCGCUUGUAGUUACUAAUUAACUUGAUUUCAAUUCAUAGAGGUUAAUUUCACUCUAAAAAAAACUCUAUCUAAAUUCAUUUAAAACAUAAUUCAGAGAGACGAGCGUUUGUUUUUAAGUAAUGAUCCCAUCAAGCGACGUUCGAUUUGUCUGUUUCCUUUUAAGGAAAUUCCUCAGAGGGGUGUGGCCUGAAAUGUAGAAACUAGCAGCCAGGAUGUUUGAUAACGUUGUGAACAAUAUGAAAAUAUCACGAUAUAAUUCUGGGUGGUGAAAGUUUAUUUCAGUGUUAUGAUGAAAUUAAACGCUGUUAAGCAGAGAUCGUAAACAGAAAUGUAUAAUCAGAACGUAAUUUAAAUUACAGAACAUUGUAACUUUAGCGUAAGUGAGUUAUAAACAUAUAAAGUUUUUUAUAUAUAUACAGUGUUAUAACUCAAGACCAUUGCUAAAGUUAUGCUGAUUAAAUUUUUUAAAUUUAUGCUGACCUAAAUCAACACAUAAAAUGUUCAUCACUAGCCUUGUGGUUGUGCUGGGAAAUAAUCAGGAUUUCCUGCACAGGUAAAGUUAAAGAAGAUAAAGAAGCUUUAAUGCGUCUAUUUAUGUUCAUUUCUUCAUUCGUUUGUUAGCCACAUGAAACAUGUCUGGGUUUUUUUUUGGGGUUUAUUGGGUAAAAGCUGUCUACAGAUUAAGAACCGAAAUAAAUAUUUUAUAACAGUUAUUACCUA